UGUAAUUGUGAAAAAAACACAUUCUCUCUUCACAUGUUCAAUGUCUUGAGAAAUUUCUCAAAUACUUCCAAGAUCUUGUUUAUUUCUUUUUUUUCUUAGAACAUGUAACCCUACAUACUCUUUGAUCACUAGAUCCAUAUAAAACCAAGAUUCAUUUUAUAUCUCUGUGUGUUUAUAUAUCACAUAUAUAUAGUAUAACAUAAUAAAUACAGAGCAAGCAUAUACUUGCCGAGUUUUCUUCUUAUUCUAUACUCUUCUUCCUCCACCACCUCCUUGCAUGUUCACUAGUCUUGUUCUUGGUAAUGAACUAAGGAGUCAAGUUUUAGUUGAAGCUGCUGAGACAGAGGAAGAAGAUGAAGUUGAAGAUGAAGAUUAUGGUUCUCUUCCUCUACUACUGUUACAUUGGUUCUACUUCCUCUGUUUUAGCUUCCAUCGACAAUGUCAACGAGCUCUCUAUUUUGCUCUCGGUAAAAUCAACUCUUGUGGAUCCUCUCAACUUUCUUAAAGACUGGAAGCUUUCAGAAACUGGUGAUCAUUGUAACUGGACCGGUGUUCGGUGCAACUCCCAUGGCUUUGUUGAGAAGCUCGACCUGUCGGGGAUGAAUCUCACGGGUAAAAUCUCAGAUUCGAUCAGGCAGCUGAGAAGCCUUGUUUCGUUUAACAUCUCAUGCAACGGAUUCGAGUCGCUGCUACCGAAAUCGAUCCCUCCGUUGAACUCUAUAGACAUCAGCCAGAAUUCAUUCUCAGGUAGUCUUUUUCUAUUUGGUAACGAAUCACUAGGACUCGUUCACCUCAAUGCUUCAGGGAACAGUCUCAUUGGAAAUCUCACGGAGGAUCUUGGGAACUUAGUCUCUUUAGAAGUUCUUGAUCUCCGAGGGAAUUUCUUUCAAGGGUCACUUCCAAGUUCAUUCAAGAAUCUACAGAAGCUGAGAUUUCUCGGAUUAUCCGGAAACAAUCUCACUGGUGAGUUACCAAGCCUUCUCGGCGAGCUCCUUUCACUUGAAACCGCCAUUCUUGGUUACAACGAAUUCAAAGGUCCGAUUCCACCGGAAUUUGGAAACAUAACCAGCCUCAAGUACCUCGAUUUGGCCAUCGGAAAGCUCAGUGGUGAGAUUCCGUCGGAGCUCGGGAAGCUCAAGUCACUCGAGACGCUUCUCCUGUACGAGAACAACUUCACCGGAAAAAUUCCAAGAGAGAUCGGAAACAUUACCACGCUAAAGGUUCUUGAUUUCUCCGAUAACGCAUUAACCGGCGAGAUUCCAGUGGAGAUAACCAAGCUGAAGAACCUGCAGCUACUGAACCUGAUGCGCAACAAACUCUCCGGCUCCAUUCCUCCCGGGAUCAGCAAUCUAGAGCAGUUACAAGUCCUCGAGCUCUGGAACAACACACUCUCCGGCGAGUUGCCAACCGAUCUUGGGAAGAAUUCUCCAUUACAAUGGCUUGACGUUUCUUCAAACUCCUUCUCAGGCAAGAUUCCUUCGACCCUAUGCAACAAGGGAAAUCUAACCAAGCUCAUUCUGUUCAACAACACCUUCACCGGUCAGAUUCCAGCGACUCUAUCCACUUGCCAGUCACUAGUUCGUGUCAGGAUGCAGAACAAUCUACUAAACGGUUCAAUUCCCAUCGGCUUCGGCAAGCUUGAGAAGCUACAAAGACUCGAAUUAGCAGGAAAUCGUAUCACCGGAGGGAUCCCCGGAGACAUCUCGGAUUCAGUUUCGCUUUCUUUCAUCGAUUUAUCAAGAAACCAGAUCCGAUCAUCCCUCCCUUCCACAAUCCUCUCAAUUCACAAUCUGCAGGCGUUUUUAGUCGCCGAGAACUUUAUCUCCGGCGAAAUUCCAGAUCAAUUCCAGGAUUGUCCUUCACUCUCGAAUCUCGAUCUCUCAUCAAAUACUCUCACAGGAACUAUCCCUUCCGGCAUUGCUUCAUGCGAGAAGCUCGUAAGCCUCAACCUAAGAAACAAUAACCUCACCGGAGAGAUCCCUAGACAGAUCACGACAAUGUCCGCGUUAGCUGUGCUCGAUCUCUCCAACAAUUCUUUAACCGGAGUACUACCGGAGAGUAUCGGAACAUCUCCAGCUCUGGAACUCCUAAACGUCUCCUACAACAAGCUCACAGGUCCAGUCCCUAUCAACGGCUUUCUCAAAACCAUAAAUCCAGAUGAUCUGAAAGGAAACUCCGGUCUCUGCGGCGGCGUUCUUCCACCGUGUAGCAAAUUCCAAGGAGCAACAUCAGGUCACAAGAGCUUCCACGGGAAACGGAUUGUCGCCGGAUGGUUAAUUGGGAUAGCAUCGGUUCUAGCUCUAGGGAUUCUCACCCUCGUUGCCAGAACUCUAUACAAAAGAUGGUAUUCCAACGGAUUCUGCGGCGACGAGACGGCGAGCAAAGGUGAAUGGCCUUGGAGAUUAAUGGCGUUUCAUAGAUUAGGGUUUACAGCUUCCGAUAUCUUGGCAUGUAUCAAAGAAUCGAACAUGAUCGGAAUGGGAGCUACAGGAAUCGUAUACAAAGCAGAAAUGUCACGAUCGAGCACAGUGCUCGCCGUGAAGAAGCUUUGGAGAUCCGCCGCCGAUAUCGAAGAUGGAACUACCGGAGAUUUCGUCGGCGAAGUAAACCUCCUCGGGAAAUUGAGACACAGAAACAUCGUGAGGCUCCUAGGGUUCUUAUACAACGACAAAAACAUGAUGAUCGUAUACGAAUUCAUGCUCAACGGAAACCUCGGCGACGCGAUUCACGGCAAAAACGCCGCCGGGAGGCUUCUCGUUGAUUGGGUUUCGCGUUACAACAUCGCGUUAGGUGUAGCUCACGGCCUAGCUUACCUCCACCAUGAUUGUCAUCCUCCAGUGAUUCACAGAGACAUCAAAUCCAACAAUAUCUUGCUCGACGCGAAUCUCGACGCCAGAAUCGCCGAUUUUGGCCUCGCGAGGAUGAUGGCGAGGAAGAAAGAAACCGUUUCAAUGGUCGCCGGUUCUUACGGUUACAUUGCUCCCGAGUAUGGAUACACAUUGAAGGUGGAUGAGAAGAUAGAUAUAUACAGUUACGGCGUCGUAUUGUUGGAGCUGUUAACCGGAAGAAGACCAUUGGAGCCGGAGUUUGGAGAAUCUGUAGACAUUGUGGAGUGGGUGAGAAGGAAGAUAAGAGACAACAUAUCAUUAGAAGAAGCAUUAGAUCCUGAUGUAGGAAACUGCAGAUAUGUUCAAGAAGAGAUGCUUUUAGUUCUACAAAUCGCUCUUCUCUGCACUACGAAGCUCCCUAAAGACAGACCUUCGAUGAGAGAUGUGAUAUCGAUGCUCGGAGAAGCUAAACCGAGGAGGAAAAGUAACAGUAAUGAAGAGAACACUAGUCGUAGCUUGGCCGAGAAACAUACAUCGGUUUUUAAUACUUCACCUGUAAAUGGCCUUCUUUAGGAUUGAGAUGAAAGAAUCAAAAAAGGCCGAUAAACUGAUUCGUUCGAUUCGUGUUCUGUAUGUAGAAGAGAGAAAGAGAGAGAUAUGUAUCUUUUGAUUUAAUUAUUCCAUGUAGAAUAACUUUCCUUUGUUUUACAUGAUCAUAUUAACUUUGUGCAUUGCUCUGAA